UAUAAAAAAAUGAGUGACCCCUUGUUUGGUUUUUGUGUAAUGUGUUGUUGUGUCUCAAUUGAGGAGGCUUCUCUUCUCGAACUGACUCAUUCACUCUCAAAUCACUGUCUGUCAGUCUUCUAGUGUUUUCCUUCCAAGUGUAACUUCAACUAGUAGUAGUACCAUUUCUCUCUUAACAUCAUAUUCCUUCAUGUCAUUCGCUUUUACACUUUGUUUCUUUUCACUCUUUUUGUUUCUUUGAACAGAAAAAAUGUUGCUAAGAAGCUCCACCAUGCCAAUACCAAGUUCAUGGUUGCCCCGUUUCAUGGAAUCUUCCCUUGAACCAGAAUCGGUUCUCCAGCCUCCUAGAACACUUUCAACUCCUGUACAAAGUUCGGCUGAGAAGAAAACUUGCAUGAGCAUCAAGGUGAGAGAAAGUGAUGAAGGGGAGGAAGCAAAGAAAAAGAUUUACAAGAAGAAAGGAAUACCACCGUUUUCAAGUUCUGGUUUAGAUAGGGAAGUUGUGGAGCAUGAGGAAGGUGGUGAGAGGAAGAAAGGUAGCAAAUUGCAGACUUUGGUGAUGGGUGGUGGGAUGGGGAGUGGUAGUGGUUAUAAUGGGAAUGGAAGAAGCUUUGAUGGUGAACAUGCGGGGGAUUUCUCUGAAGAAAAUAAUCAUGGUAGGGAUUGGACAGAUGCUUAUUACCAAAACAUGAUUGAAGCAAACCCCAAUGAUGCUCUUUUGCUUGGAAAUUAUGCUAAGUUUUUGAAGGAGGUUCGUGGAGAUUAUCCUAAAGCAGAGGAAUAUCUUGAAAGAGCCAUUUUGGCUAAUCCUGGAGAUGCUAAUGUUUUGUCCCUCUACGCGGAUUUAAUAUGGCAAACAGAGAAGAAUGCUGAUCGAGCUGAGAGCUAUUUUGAUCAAGCUGUUAAAAGUGCCCCGGAUGAUUGCUAUGUCCUGGCUUCUUAUGCAAAAUUCCUCUGGGAUGUUGAUGAAGAUGAAGAUAAAGAGUGCGUACAUAAGACUGAUCAUGGCCAUGCAUAUCCACCUGAUACUUUUCAAGAAACUAAAGACCACCCUCAUGUUACUGCUGCAGCCUUCCAAUCCUACUUCUCUGAGUGAACUUGGAUAUAUAUAUUUUACAUAUGACGAAUGAAUCAUAAAGUCUCAAACAAUAAUGUCAUAAGUAAUAUAGAAUAGAGAUGACUAUCUAGCUGUAAAUAGCUUAUGCCAUAAAUAAGAGAAGGCUGUGUUGUGUACUAGUGAGGCUUCCACUGAUGUACCUUCUGAGAAUAUGAAAGUUUUGGUAGAAGUUAUGGAAUAGUGAACAGCCUUCUUAUGGUUUUAAUUUUA